UCCAUUGAGAAAUAUCUUUUCAUUAAGUUUCAAAUCCACUUAUUUUUACUUAAACGUGUUGGUCUUAUGAUUAGAAGGAAAAAGAGAAGUAUUUGAAGAAUAUAUACUAUCUAGGAGAUGCAUCAUUGAAGAAUAAAAACUAGUCUAAAAGACCUUGGCCUUCAAGAAGUUGGAGAGAAGAAACAAAAACACUAAGUUUGCAAGGGAUAGCCAAUUUAUGAGAACAUGACUACUGCAAGAUUCAUCAAAUGUGUGACUGUUGGUGAUGGAGCUGUUGGAAAGACUUGUAUGCUAAUAUCCUACACUAGUAAUACUUUUCCUACGGAUUAUGUUCCAACGGUGUUCGACAAUUUCAGUGCAAAUGUGGUGGUGGAUGGAAGCACCGUUAACCUUGGCCUCUGGGAUACUGCAGGACAAGAAGACUAUAACAGGCUAAGGCCACUAAGUUAUAGAGGAGCUGACGUCUUUUUGCUUGCUUUUUCUCUAAUAAGCAAGGCAAGCUAUGAGAACAUUUACAAAAAGUGGAUACCUGAGUUAAGGCACUAUGCUCCUACUAUACAAAUUGUUCUAGUGGGAACUAAACUUGAUCUGAGGGAAGAUAAGCAAUAUUUAAGUGAUCAUCCAGGGGCUACUCCUAUAUCAACCGCCCAGGGAGAGGAGUUGAAAAAGAUGAUAGGAGCAGUUGCCUACAUUGAGUGCAGCUCCAAGACUCAGCAGAAUGUGAAAGCUGUGUUUGAUACUGCAAUUAAGGUAGCAUUGCGACCUCCUAAGGUGAAGAAAAGGCCCCAAAAACGAAGGACACUAUGUGCCAUUCUUUGAAUUAGUCCUAUAUAUGCCUCUUUUUUCACAAGCUUAAGUUUUCGAAUACCAUCAAUUAUAUUCUUAUCAUUGUGUAACAGUAUAAGAGAAAAGCCUCAUUUGUAGUUUUCCUUCUUUUUAUUUAGCUGUUAGGUGAAGUACUAAAGCUCCCUUUUCAACAUUUGUUCCUUCUUUAUAAUAAAAUCUUGUAAUAGCUAGUUCUA